GGUCGCUCUCCGCGCUCCUCACCGCGCAGCUUUUCUAAUCCUUCUCCUCAAACUCCAGUGCGGACCAAAAAAAAAAAAAAAAACCCCAACAACAAAAUACUGCAACAUUCCCGAAGACGACUUUCUAUCCGCCGCCACAACGCGUCAUUCCCGCCGGCCAGAAGAACCACUCGGAGAACACCUGGGCAGCGUGACUUCCUGGUUAUAUCACUUUUCUUGCACUUGAGCGACUCCUUUUUUACAUUCCAGAGACUUUGCCCCCCCCCCCCCCCCCCCGGACCUACAUCGGGCUUCGUCUCUUAUUUUUCAUUUUUAACACCAACGACCAAAGUAACUCGUCGCGUUCUUCUAAUAUAGAACAAAAGCUUUUUUUUAAAAGAAAGAAAAACAGCAUUUGUCCUCCCCGCCUCAACGCGUAGUCGCGCAUUCAGUGAGUGAAACGGUCCACGAUGGCAGGUCUGAACUCUCUGGAUGCCGUGAAGAGGAAGAUUCAGUGUUUGCAGCAGCAGGCCGACGACGCGGAGGACCGAGCUCAGGUCCUGCAGAGAGAGCUGGACAGUGAACGGGAGCUGCGAGAGAAAGCGGAGGGCGAUGUAGCCGGUCUCAACCGUAGGAUCCAGCUGGUGGAGGAGGAGUUGGACCGAGCCCAGGAGAGGCUGGCCACAGCGCUGCAGAAGCUGGAGGAGGCUGAGAAGGCCGCAGAUGAGAGCGAGAGAGGGAUGAAGGUGAUCGAGAACCGGGCAUCGAAGGACGAGGAAAAGAUGGAGAUCCAGGAGAUGCAGCUGAAGGAGGCUAAACACAUCGCAGAGGAGGCCGACCGUAAAUACGAGGAGGUUGCCCGUAAGCUGGUGAUCCUGGAGGGAGAGCUGGAGAGAGCCGAGGAGAGGGCCGAGCUCUCCGAAUGUAAGGCCGCAGACCUGGAGGAGGAGCUGAAGAACGUGACCAACAACCUGAAGUCCUUAGAAGCUCAGUCUGAAAAGUACUCAGAAAAAGAAGACAAGUACGAGGAGGAGAUCAAAGUUCUGACAGACAAACUGAAGGAGGCUGAAACCCGUGCAGAGUUUGCAGAGAGGAGCGUGGCCAAACUGGAAAAGUCCAUCGACGACCUGGAAGAAAAAUUAGCAAAAGCCAAAGAGGAGAAUCUGGGUAUGCAUCAAGUCCUGGACCAGACCCUGCAGGAACUGAACAGCUUAUAAAAACACGGAGAGGAAGCUGGAGGGGAUGAGAUCAUCAUGUAACAUUCCUUCAAUGUUCGACUCCAUUCCACAUAUCGACCUGUAAAAUCUUUAUUUGCAGUGUGAAGGGGGAUUAACUUAAUACUUGUCCUUGAUGGGGGUUUUUCUAAGGCACAACUUUUGUUUUCUUCUUUUUUUUUAAUGACGGGAAGUAAUUUUGACCCCAUUGUUUCUCUUAUCUUUAUAUCCCCAGCUAUUAUUUCAGAUAUUCUCCCCAGAAAUCAUUUUUGACCACUGAUUUAGAAAAAAAUCCACAAAUAACACACACAAAGAAACCUCUGAUUUGGUCACUGCCUGCACCACUUAAACUGGGUUCAUUUUUUUUCGUGCACAUACAUUAAGCCUCUGACUGAUUAUCCUACUACACAUGCUACAGAUGGUUUUGGGUUUUGCUGCGGCCACAUUUUGGCUCUGAUGUGCCACCCAGCAGACGUAUGGUUCGCGUGUGCCUGUUUCAGCAUUAUCUUACUUAAUCUGGUCGUGUUGAUUUGAUUUGAUGGUGGAAUGGACGGGUGACCUCAUGGAAAGGUUCUAUUGAUGAAUAAACCGGUCAAGGCACAUGCUGCCCAGUCCCUCGGGUCUUCCCAACACUUUGUUAGAGAAAGAAUGGCCUCUUUUGCCAAUCCCGUGAUCUCCUGAGGCCUACAUGUUUCAAUGCACAGAUCAUUUCACUAAAUAUUUCUACUCUAUUUUGUUGUAUGGGAAUGUGCAGAACCUGAGAGUGGAGCAUGUACAGUACGUUUGUUUUUUUUUCUUCUGUACCAUCUUUCCCUACGUUUGACCUGACCGUGGACACAUUCCUCAUUAUUUGUCAACAAUAUGCCAUAAUUUAGCCAGUAUUUACAAUAUAUUGUCUUACAUGUGCGAGCUGAACUCAAAACCACCUGGAGCUCAAGUCAAGCUUCAUCAACCACGGAUACUUAUUGUAUAUAGUAGAAUAAUGUUAGGUAUUUGAGAAAUUGUAUUGCUAUGAUUAUUUUUGGGUUUGUUUUAUUUACACAACUUCUUGUUUUGCCCGGGGACUUCUCAAGACCAAAGAACACACACAACACAGACAAUUUCUUCUUAAAAUGUUUUAUUUUUGUUGGUGAUGGUCAUCGUGGUUUCAUCUCAUGGGAGCCCACGAAAAAAAGCGCAUCACACGUGAUUGGGGUCAUUUUUAAACAUUUCUUUCACCAACCCUUCCCCACGUCAACUUAAUAAAUGUUUUACAGAAACCAUGA